CCUAUAAGACACAAAACAUGUAAUACUUAUAAGAUUCAUAUUCAUGAGAAAUAAAAAAUAAUUUAAAAGACAGAUCUAGUAUAUUCGAAGACCACGCUGUCGCAGUUUAGCCAUUUAUUCUAUUUAUUCUUAGAUUUUGCAAUGUCGGAUUCAGAUUCUAUAUCGAGACCACCAAACGAAUUAUUAAGGAGGAUUCGAAGAGGCAGCGAAAAUGCGCUCCAAGAGCUAUUCGAAACAGAGCCGACCUUCCUGUGGAGUGAAUCAUAUAACAGUAGAACUGGCGAUAGUGUCCUUCACUAUGCUGCUAGACUCGGCCUAAUCAAUAUAUUGGAAAGUAUAAUCGUAAUGUGCAAAUGCAAAUGCGUAGACCUUAAAAACAAGGACGAUAAAACGCCUCUCCACGAGGCAGCCCAAUGUUCGCAGUACAGAGCCUGCGAGAUACUUCUGGAACAUGGAGCCAAUGUCGACACUCUCAAAAGGGCUGACUGGACCCCCCUCAUGCUAGCCUGCACCAAGAUAAUCGGAGAGGACAGUUACAAAACGGUGAACGUACUUUUAGAGAACAAUGCCCUGGUGGAGUGCAAGAAUAAAGAUGGAUGGACGGCCUUUCAUUUGGUCUGUCGAAGUGGCGAUCUCACCAUCUUAAAAAUGCUCCUCAGAAAAAACGUGGACGUAUACCAGGAGACUUAUAAUGGACGGACGGGCCUCCACAUAGCAGCUUUGCACGGUAACUUAGAGAUCGUCAGGAUUCUGCUGGAUUUGGAAUUGGAGCCAGAUAGAACGGACAGUUGCGGGAAUACUGCCUUACACGAUGCUGUCCUGGGCGACAACAUUGAAGUUUGUAAGCUUCUGAUAAACUACGGCGCCCACACACGUUUUGUCAACAGUAGGGGGUUCAGUAUACUCCAUAUGGCGGUUAGCCAGGGGUUUCUCGAGAUUGUCGAAUAUAUUUUAAAAGAUUUGAAUUUCGAUAUAAAUGAAAAGACGAAUGACGGGUAUACGGUGCUGCACUGUGCUGCAAAGCAAGGCCACAAGGAGUUGCACGGAAUGUUAAUAUUCCGGGGUGCCGAUAAUAGCAUCACAGACAAUUUCGGCAGGUUCUCCAACCAAUAUUUCUAAUGUGUAAUGUGCCACUGUAUUUUUAAUUAUUAAUUUAGUGUAAUCUGUUAUGUAUUUUUAAUUAUUGUUCAUA